AUGCCCAUAAUCAACGAAUCGCACGACUCCCUUCCCUACAUCGACCCUGCGCCGUCCGCACGAGCUCGCGCAGAAGCAGAGAAGCUCGUCGCCGCCGAGCUCCCGGCCGACUACUCAUCGACCCUCCACCCAUCGAUCCCCAACUUCGAAGAGCCCAAAUUCUCGCCUCUCAUCCAGCAAGAGCUGGAGCGCAAGGCCGCCGGCCAGCCGUUGACAGGGGGCAUUGACGUGUCUCGCUACGAAGCACCGGAGCCGCCGACGCGGUCCGCCGACGCGGGUCCAGGCGCGACUCCCGACCUGGACGAAUGGCGCCGCACCCUGCAGAAGGCCUACACGGCCAGCUCGCAUCUGUCCAUGCGGCACGAGAACCUGGCGCUGCUGGAAGAACACGGCAAGAACGCCUGGCUGAUCGGGAACGCGCAGCUGGAGGAUAUCCUGCGCGGGCUGGAGAAGGAGCUGGCGGAGACGAAGGAGGCCGCCGAGUCGGUCAACAAGCAGCGCAAGAUCGCCCAGGAGGCGAGCAAGGGCGAGCUGGUCGGCUUGGAGGAGACGUGGAAGAAGGGUGUCGGCGCUACGCUGGAUGUGGAGCUCGCGGCGGAGACGCUGCGUUUGCAGAUUCUUGAGCAGAGGCGUCAGCUCGCGCAGCAGCAGGCCCGGUAA